CAAAAUCAAGCGAAGAUCACAAAAACACACAGUUUCACAAAAUAAAAGACAGGACAAAAUUAGCGUACGAAGAAGAAGAAAGUUCCUAAAUCUCGUCAAAAGAGAUUAACGUUUGUGUUUUUUCGUGCAUGAAAUUUCGCACACAAUCAUCAACAAACCGUGUCGAAGAAGAUAAGGUCAGAAAUUUCUCAAUCAAGAAUCACAAAAAGAAGAAAAAGUUACUUCAAUUCAUCGCAUUCAAGAGCAACUCUCUCUCUCUCUCUCUCUCUCUCUCUCUCUCUCUCUCUUCAAAUACCAUCAAUGACUCAAUUUCAAUUUCAAUUCCCAUUUUCAUUCCUUCUAUAGCAAACCCAUUUUCACAUUCUAAUCCAAUCUUCAUCCGAAGAAAAAAACAAUGGAAGAUUCAAAUGAUUCAAAUCAUCAUUCACUUCAGAAACUUCAUUGUUCUGUGAAGAAUUACGAUUGGGGAUUACCGGGUAAACUAUCUCAUGUUGCAAAACUCUCUGAGCUCAAUUCUGGGUUUCAAUUCGAUCCAAUGAAACCUUAUGCUGAGCUUUGGAUUGGUACUCACGAUUCAGGUCCUUCGUUUCUUGUUUCUAAGGAUGGUGAAGAAAGUGUUACGCUUAAAGAUUGGAUUUUUAAGAACCCUGAUUUGCUUGGUGAUAAAGUUGUUCAGAAAUGGGGUUCUGAUCUACCUUUCUUGUUUAAGGUGUUGUCUGUGGGAAAGGCUUUGUCUAUACAAGCUCACCCUGAUAAGGAAUUGGCUAGGAGGCUGCAUAAAUUGCAUCCUGAUGUGUAUAAAGAUGGGAAUCAUAAACCUGAGAUGGCUCUUGCAAUGACAGAUUUUGAGGCUCUUUGUGGAUUUAUCACUCUUGAGGAGCUUAAAGCUGUGAUUCAUAGUGUUCCCGAAGUUCUCGGCCUUGUCGGUGAUGCAAACGCAGACCUAGUCUUACAAACUAGUGAUCAGACUGAUGAAGAGAAGGUUAAACCUGUUCUACAGGCAGUGUUCACUCAUCUUAUGUCAGCCAGUAAGGAAACCGUAACCGAUGCAGUGAACAGAUUGAUAAAUCGGCUUCAAACGGAAAGCGAGGUGAGACCAUUGACAGAAAAGGAGCUGCUCGUGAUACGGUUGGAGAAUCAAUACCCAUCUGAUAUUGGUGUGAUAGCGGCUUUCUUUCUAAACCACGUAAAACUCAAUCCCGGGGAAGCAUUGUUCCUCGGGGCAAACGAACCGCAUGCGUAUUUAUCAGGGGAGUGUAUCGAAUGCAUGGCAACUUCUGACAACGUUGUCCGGGCCGGUCUUACUCCCAAAUACAUAGAUGUCCCGACUCUUUGUUCCAUGCUCACAUAUAAGCAGGGUAUUCCUGAGAUUUUACGAGGUGUUUCUAUGAAUCCGUAUGUAAACAAAUAUAUCCCUCCGUUCGAGGAAUUUGAGAUCGAUCACUGUACUCUCCCGAAAGGAGAAAGAGUGGUGUUCCCGGCCGUCCCAGGUCCAUCGAUCUUUUUGGUCACGGCCGGGGAAGGAACGAUGAACACAGUAUCACCUGAAGUUUAUGAACUCACCGAAGGUGAUGUUCUUUUUGCUCCUGCUUACACCGAGAUUAGCGUCGCGAGUGAAUCGGAGUUGCAUCUGUACAGAACAGGGAUUAACAGCAAGUUUUUUGAAGAAUCUUAAGUUUAUUUUGUUAAUUAAUUGUGUUGUGAAAGUCAAUAAUGAAAUAAUCUGUUAUAUGUAAUGAUAGCAGAAGUUUAGUGUAGAUGUAGAGAGGUUUGUUCUCAUGUAAUUUGUUCAUUAUUUACCAUUUUAUUUAUAUAUAAAAUAAGUGAAGUGUUUCCAAAUA